AUGUUGUCCCGGUCUGUAACAUCGGUGCCUAACGUCGCCAGGUUCUGCAAUUCCUCGAGAUCUCCGGUUUCUCGAUUCCUCUCUUCUUCUCCUUCCCUUCGUCUCCGUUCCUCGAACAAUUUACUGCCAACGUUAGCCCUAGCGACAGGAGAUCAUUCCGGUGGCGUUUCGUCUUAUCAUGCCUCCACUAUCUGCCACUGCUCUUCUUCUUCUUCUGUGUCGCAAAGUGAGCCAGCAAAAGAAAAGACUAGUCCUUUUUGUUUUGAUGCGGCCAUGGACUCGCUGGUCCAGACCUUCUACAUCUCUAGCGAGCCAAAACCUCUUCAACCCUGGGACAAGAGUGACACUAAGGAAACAGAACAAUUCGGCUGUGGAUUCGCAAUCUCGGGAAGGAGGAUUCUUGCGGACCUUACUCUGUCUAAUGAUUCAUCCUUGCGAGUUGUUGAUAGCGAAGAGUUUUGGGAGCAUAUGCAUGUUUUGGAGCUUGAUGACUACAUACCCUCUAUAGGCGAAUCUGUCUCCGUUUUGACUCAUUAUGACUACACCCUCAAGCUUGUAGAAGCGAAUGUAUCUUCAGUUGAAAUGAGAGAAUAUUACCAAGGCACCGCCGAACUAUUGUCAAUAGGACUCGAUAAUGACAACUGCUACAGUAGUGGUCCGGUGGUUUUGGGAAACAAGAUCGUUGGUUUCUUUCCAUGGACGGGGUACUACUACAUGAUCCCAACUCCAGUGAUUAAGCAUUUUCUAAAUGGUAUUGAAGAAAAAAACAUUGGCUUCGGUUCGCUGGAUAUUACGUGGCAAUCCAUGGAGAAUGCUCAACUACGUAGACAUUUUAAAAUGAGUGAUGACAUGACAGGUGUCCUUAUAAACAGAAUACAUCCACUCUCAAAUGCUCUCAGAGUUUUGAAAGAACACGAUGUCAUUCUUGCUGUUGAUGGCUUUCCUGUCACUAAUGAUGGAAAAGUUCGCUUUCGGAAAAUUGAAUGGCUGUGUUUUACUUACUUGGUUUCUAUGAAGAAACCGGGUGAAACAGCUUUGGUUAAAAUCUUAAGACAUGGAAAAGAGCAUGUGUUCCAUGUCAGUUUAGACUUCACCAAGCACCAGCUGGUUCCGGACGAAUUCCUUCCAAGCUAUUACAUACUUGCCGGUUUUGUCUUCGUGCCUCUUUCUGAGCCAUAUAUUGAUGAGUCAUGUGGCAUGUGUGACUGUACCUCAAAAAGGAUGGCCACUAAGGCCGAUGAACAGAUUGUCAUAAUUUCUCAGAUGUUUUCGGAUGACAUCAACAAGGAAUACUCUAGUUUCAAAUAUCUCAACAUCGAGGUGAAGAAAGUGAACGGAGUGGAAGUGUUGAAUUUGAAGCAUCUAAGUGAGCUAAUAGAAAAAUGCUGCACUGAGGAUUUAAGAUUUGAUUUAGAAGAAGGAUAUGUGAUUGUUCUGAACAACCAAUAUGCUAAAGAAGUAACUCCGUUGAUCUUGGAACGUCAAGGAAUACAAUCGGCCAUCUCCAGUGACCUUCAACAAACAAUUAUGGCUUGA